CCAAAAAGCGAAAAUGUACCGUAAUGAGAAGUUUAUAGUGUAAGAAGGCUAGUGAUCGACAGUCGGGAUGGCUUUUCAAAGACGAAUUUUUAUCGUAUUCCUAGGAUUUAUGGGACUUUUGUUGUCUAUUGGAUAUCGAUCUGUAUUUUCUAUGGUGAUGGUUCAUAUUAUCAAAUCAAGUCAAAGUAGGGAGGGACUCUUUGGAAAGUGCACUGUGAACGGAACCUCUCGGGAUUUUUCGGUGACGGGAUGGACUAGUAGAGAGGCGCAGUACUUCCAGACUUCUUAUUUCUUCGGUUCCUUUAUCAUGCAAUUACCCGGGGGAUAUUUGGCAACUCGAUUUUCACCCAGAAGAGUAUGCGGUCUGUCCAUCAUGAUAAGCAGUGUUCUGAUGAUCGUAUUACCGUUCCCGAUCAGAUAUCUGUCCAGUCCCAUCCCUGUUUUCCUCAUACGAUUUCUACAAGGACUAGUAGAGGGUUGGUCCGUACCCGCUAUGAAUGGUGUGAUAUCUGCUUGGGCGCCCAAGUCGGAGAAAAGCCGAAUGGUCACAGUAGUGUAUGCAGGGGCAUACCUGAGCCCGGCCCUAGCAAUGGUGAUAACUGGUGUAACGGCAUGUUGGGUGUCCUGGAACACAAGCUUAUUCCUCUACGGUGGACUUGGUUUCAUUUGGUCCGUCGUAUGGGUGUGUGCAAUUUACGAUACUCCUGGUCUCCACCCAAAUUUGCACCAGUCAGAGGCGGACUUGUUUGCAAAAGAAGGGGCUAAUAUCUCCAAAGGCUCCCAGAGUGUGGCAAAGGAGAUUCCUUGGACUAAAAUUUUACGAUCAUUGCCUGUAUGGGCCAUCAUUCUUGGAAGUUUUUGUCGAAACUGGAUUUUUUCUAUGAUGAUAACACAGGUUCCACAAUACUUCAAGGAUGCCUUCAGAAAGGAUAUUGCCACAAUUGGAUUCACGGCAGCAUUACCGGAAGUGUUGAUGACAAUAGUGACGAUUUCAGGAGGCGUUCUAAUCGACAAACUGAUAAAACACCAUCUACUGUCCACCACUCAUGGAAGGAAAUUAGCACAGUGCAUGGGGUUUGGAAUAGAGGCUUUCUGCCUGCUAGGACUACGAUUUGUACAUAGUAGUGAGAUAGCCCUCGUACUGUUGUGUGUAGGGGUGGGUUUCAGUGGGUUAGCAAUUUCCGGUUACCAGGUAAACCCAUUAGAUCUCGCCCCGCAGUACGUCAGCAUUUUAACGGGCCUCUCUCGACUUGGUACUCUGGGUGCUAUCCUCAGUACGGCCGUGGCAGGAAAGUUAGCGCAACAGAAUAUUCAGUCUUGGCAAUUACUAUUCACCAUUGCCGCUUCCAUUCAUUUAGCGGGGGUUGUCUUUUAUGGUAUUUUUGCAUCUGGUGAGAGGCAACCGUGGUCCGAAACAGCCGAGACAAGACCCCUACUAGCACCGGCAGUAAGUUCAGAGACUAUUGAAGACUUAGGACAGCCAGCAACAACACAGAACAAAUUUAGUGCAUCCAUGUUUGCUUUUAAAGGCAAGCGAUAUUUGAUACCAGAGCUAGACGAAGAUGGGAAUCCAAGUUGGUUUCUAAAUACAAUAUAAAUUUUGCUUGUUAUUGAUUUCCACCAAAGCCAGAGUACUAUUAUCCGUGUUCUGUGGGUAGCUUUUUGAAACACAAUCUCAAAAUCAAACUUAUUUUUUGUGUAACAGUGACUUUCUUAUGCUCCUCUUCAAGUCUUAAGCACCAGUUGUAAAAAUUCUUUGCUGAGUAACAGCUUUCCAAAGUUAACCUAAAGCAGACAGGCAAAAACUGGCUUUCUUUAUAAGAAGAAUAAUUAUAUUCGAUAGAUACGACGUGUGUAUUUUUUGUUUU